GUAAAAUUUGAAUUGCUUGAUGUUUAAUAAUUCAUUUGUGUAGAAUUGUCUACUAUUUUGAAUUCCAUUAAUAACUAUUUUCUUUACACAUGCUACAUGUAAUAAUAAUGUUCCUAGAUGUGUCAAAUAGAGCAUGUUUGAGCUAGCAACUAUAUUUGAUUUAGUUAUAUGUCUGGCAGUUAAACAUAUUUUUGUUUCAAAACUUUUAAGUUGAUUUGAAAGGCAAGCAUCCUUGAUUAAUUUAUUUUAUCUUUAUUGGAAGAAAUUAACAGAAUAAUAAUAGUAAUGAAUUUAUAGAUUUUCCUUUAAAACAAUGUCAACAACUGGCGAAGUGUGGUAGGAGCUUCACUGAGCUGAGUCAAUUUUAACUACAUUACAUAAUUCUGGCUAACAACUUUAUAUUUUGUUU